AUGGGGAAAUUAGAGAAAAGCAUGGCCGAGGGCGCGCAGCGGGGGGCGUUCUCUCCACUCCUGACUCGCGAGGUGUGUGGUGACCUGGUCCGAGGCGCCAAGGAGAAGAACCUCAAGGUGAAGGGGCCCGUGCGCAUGCCCACCAAGACCUUGAGAAUCACGACAAGAAAAACGCCUUGUGGGAAGGGAUCCAAGACGUGGGAUCGCUUCCAGAUGAGGAUCCACAAACGGCUCAUAGAUCUGCACAGCCCUUCGGAGAUCAUGAAGCAAAUCACAUCCAUCAGCAACGAGCCGGGAGUAGAGGUGGAGGUCACCAUCGCUGACGCCUGAGCAGCCGGCCUAAUAAAUUGAGUAUCGCUUGUUAAA